GCAGUCUAGGCAAAAGGCAUUGGGGGAUCUACAACAAAUGCAGAAUGUGCAUCUUGCAAAGCUCAGUGACAUACAGAUACAACCUCUGUCACUGUUGAAGUUCAUCACUGAAGCCUGGCAACAGAUUGUUGAAUGUAGGAGAGUUCUAAAAUGGACAUAUGCCUAUGGAUAUUAUUUACCCGAGCAUGACCAUGCAAAAAAGCAGUUCUUCGAAUACCUGCAAGGUGAGGCUGAGUCUGGAUUAGAACGGCUUCAUCACUGUGCAGAGGUGGGGUUGCAAGUUUUCCUCUAUGCAGAAGGCCAGUCAAAAGAGGAGUUCAUUGAAUUCCGCAAAAAACUUGCGGGACUAACGAGUGUGACACGGAAUUACUUCGAGAAUUUAGUUCGAGCUCUUGAGAAUGGUCUUUCAGAUGUGGACUCCCAUGGUAGUAGCGGAUCAGGAAAGAGCUCAGAAAAUGAAAUUUCGACUAUUGCAUCUCCCUGAUUUCAUCUCCACUUUCCCUUUUCCUUCCUUGCGCCAUCUUGAAACCUUCUCUUGUUCCUCUGGACCCUUUCAAUUUCCAUCUCUUCCCUUCUAUCUAGCAACAAUUCUGUAGCUGAUUCAUCAUUGGAUCGCAGCCUGUUCUUUCUAGGG